CCUCCAAUCAGCCUCUGUGGUACAAGUCCCAGGAAUCAGGAGUGAAAUUUAAAGACGGUCACUGCCUAUACUCUUCCCUUAACCCAAGAAGCCACUGGAAAUCACCCAGAGACCCACUAAGGGAGAUGGACAUUGUUUCCCAGAAGUAAAUAAACCUCAGCUUGUACUUUGGAACAACUGAUCGACCGUGCUACCUUGCACAAUCUAUCGGCACAGGUUACGCGGCGCCUGAACACGAUCAUGGCAGAGUCACCGGGCCUCAUCGCCAUUUGCCUUUUAGGAUACCUACUCAGUGCUGACUGUACAGUUUUUCUUGAUCACGAAGAUGCCAUGAAAAUUCUGAGUCGGCCCAAGAGGUAUAAUUCCGGCAAACUGGAGGAGUUUGUUCAAGGGAACCUUGAGAGAGAAUGUAUGGAAGAAAAGUGUAGUUUUGAAGAAGCGCGAGAAGUUUUUGAAAACACUGAAAAAACCACUGAAUUUUGGAAGCAGUAUGUUGAUGGAGAUCAAUGUGAGUCCAAUCCAUGUUUAAAUGGCGGCAUAUGCAAGGAUGGCAUUAAUUCCUAUGAAUGCUGGUGUCAGAUUGGAUUUGAAGGAAAGAACUGUGAGUUAGAUGUAACAUGCAACAUCAAGAAUGGCAGGUGCAAGCAGUUUUGUAAACUGGACGCUGGUAACAAGGUGGUUUGUUCCUGUACUACUGGAUACUAUCUUGCCGAGGACCAGAAGUCCUGUGAACCAGCAGUGCCAUUUCCAUGCGGAAGAGUUUCUGUCCCGCACAUUUCUACGCACACCCGCUCUGAAAUCUUUUAUUCCACUACGGACUAUGAAAAUGCCACUGAAGCUGAAAACAAUUCGGAUAACGCCACCCAACCAUUCAACGACCUGACUCGAAUUGUUGGUGGGAAAACUGCCCAACCAGGCCAAUUCCCUUGGCAGGUCGUUUUGAAUGGGAAAGUUGAUGCAUUCUGUGGCGGGUCCAUCAUUAAUGAAAAAUGGGUGGUAACUGCAGCGCACUGUAUCCAUCCAGAUGUUAAAAUUACUGUUGUUGCAGGUGAUCAUAAUAUCGAGGAGAAGGAACAUACGGAGCAAAAGCGAAAUGUGAUUCGCACUAUUCUUCACCACAGCUACAAUGCAACUGUCAACAAGUACAGCCAUGACAUUGCCCUUUUGGAAUUGGAUGAACCCUUAACACUAAACAGCUAUGUGACACCUAUUUGCAUUGCUGACAGGGAAUACACUAACACCUUCCUCAAAUUCGGAUCUGGCUACGUGAGUGGCUGGGGUAGAGUCUUCAACAGAGGGAGACCGGCCACCGUUCUUCAGUACCUUAAAGUUCCACUUGUUGACCGAGCCACAUGCCUUCGCUCCACCAAGUUCACCAUCUAUAAUAACAUGUUCUGUGCUGGCUUCCAUGAGGGAGGUAAAGAUUCGUGCCAGGGAGAUAGUGGCGGACCCCAUGUUACUGAAGUGGAAGGCAUUAAUUUCUUAACUGGAAUUAUUAGCUGGGGUGAAGAGUGUGCAAUGAAAGGAAAAUAUGGAAUAUACACCAAGGUGUCUCGGUAUGUCAACUGGAUUAAAGAAAAGACAAAGCCCACUUAAAGUAAAAUGCAUUUCCAAGGUUGACAUAUUUGGGGUUGAAAGUGGACAAGGUCCUUUACUAACGGGUCACUUUCCUGUCUCUUUAGAUUUGACUGUAUACAUUCUAUGAAUACACCUGUUUCUCUUUAUGCGGAGAAAUCUAGCUAGCAUUCCUAUUUUACUAGAGUAAAUCGAUUAGAAAAUGUAAUCACUAGGGACGCCUGGGUGGCUCAAUCGGUUAAGCCUCUGACUUCAGCUCAGGUCAUGACCUCAUGGUUCACAAGUUCG